UUGCCUGGAUUAGAGGAAGGAAGGGUGCCUGUGUUUCCAGCACCCACUACAUUCAAAUACAAAAUUAAUGAGACGUCACAUUCAAUAUCAAGAAGGCAAUUACCUAUGCUGCCAGCCUUUGCGUUUACAGAUUACAAAUUCCAGGGACGUUCAUUAUGA